GCCCGCGGCGGCCAGGGACGGGAAGUGGGCGGGGCCGACCGGCAGCAGCUUGCGGGACGCGGAGCCGCGAGGAGACAGCUGAGGCCCGCGGAGAUCUGGGGGUGAAGCCUGGAGACCCUCUUGCCCUGGCCCAGCAGCAGGCCCCCGGGAUGCUCUGGGCAUGUCCUCUGGAGCCCCACAGAAGAGCAGCCAAAUGGCCAGUGGAGCUGAGGAGACCCCAGGCUUCCUGGACAUGCUCCUGCAAGACUUCCCAGCCCCGCUGAACCCAGAGGACCCUCUGCCAUGGAAGGCCCCGGGGACGGUGCUCAGCCAGGAGGAGGUGGAGGGCGAGCUGGCUGAGCUGGCCAUGGGCUUUCUGGGCAGCAGGAAGGCCCCGCCACCACUUGCCGCUGCUCUGGCCCACGAAGCAGUUUCACAGCUACUACAGACAGACCUUUCCGAAUUCAGGAAGUUGCCCAGGGAGGAGGAAGAAGAGGAGGAGGAGGAGGAUGACGAGGAGGAAAAGGCCCCUGUGACCUUGCUGGAUGCCCAAAGCCUGGCACGGAGUUUCUUUAACCGCCUUUGGGAAGUUGCCGGCCAGUGGCAGAAGCAGGUGCCAUUGGCUGCCCGGGCCUCACAGCGGCAGUGGCUGGUCUCCAUCCACGCUAUCCGGAACACUCGCCGCAAGAUGGAGGACCGGCACGUGUCCCUCCCUUCCUUCAACCAGCUCUUCGGCUUGUCUGACCCUGUGGACCGUGCCUACUUUGCUGUGUUUGAUGGUCACGGAGGUGUGGAUGCUGCGAGGUACGCCGCUGUCCACGUGCACACCAACGCUGCCCGCCAGCCAGAGCUGCUCACAGACCCUGCAGGAGCCCUCAGAGAAGCUUUCCGGCGCACCGACCAGAUGUUUCUCAGGAAAGCCAAGCGAGAGCGGCUGCAGAGUGGCACCACAGGUGUGUGUGCACUCAUUGCAGGAGCGACCCUGCACGUCGCCUGGCUCGGGGACUCCCAGGUCAUUUUGGUACAGCAGGGACAGGUGGUGAAGCUGAUGGAGCCACACAGACCAGAACGGCAGGAUGAGAAGGCGCGCAUUGAAGCAUUGGGUGGCUUUGUGUCUCACAUGGACUGCUGGAGAGUCAACGGGACCCUGGCCGUCUCCAGAGCCAUCGGGGAUGUCUUCCAGAAGCCCUACGUGUCUGGGGAGGCCGAUGCAGCUUCCCGGACACUGACAGGCUCCGAGGACUACCUGCUGCUUGCCUGCGAUGGCUUCUUUGACGUCGUACCCCACCAGGAAGUUGUUGGCCUCGUCCAGAGCCACCUGACCAGGCAGCAGGGCAGCGGGCUCCAUGUCGCCGAGGAGCUGGUGGCUGCAGCCCGGGAGCGGGGCUCCCAUGACAACAUCACGGUCAUGGUGGUCUUCCUCAGGGACCCCUAAGAGCUGCUGGAGGGCGGGAACCAGGGAGAAGAGGACCCCCAGGCAGAAGGGAGGAGGCAGGACUUGCCCUCCAGCCUUCCAGAACCUAAGACCCAGGAUCCACCAAGAAGCUAGGUGGUUUCCAGGCCCCUGCCCUCCCCUUCCUCCCGUCCUUGUCCUUCUCUCCCUCAGAAGCCUCAGGACCCAACAGGUGGCAGGCAGUGGACAGGGUGCCCGCCCCACAGUGCUUUCCCUAGCACCCCAGAGCCACUCGGGAUGCCCCCCGCAGCCUGUCCUGGUGGCUGUGGAACUGCACUGGGUGGCGGGCAGAUGGUGGAAGGCAGCCUAGGAGACCUCACCAAAGAGAAGAUGGACUGGCUCUUGCUCCCAGCUCCCAUCGGGCCCAGAGUGGGACCAGAGGUCAUAGGUGCCCAACGGCAGCCAAACCAAAGACACCGGUGUGCAUGGGGCAGCACGGUCAUGCAUGUGGGACCCUGGGGCGGACCCCGGAGCCAAACUCUUGAAGCACUCCCUGGGUCAGGCCCAGCAGCGGGGUGGCCAGCCCCAGUUUCCCAUUGCUCCUCUCUGCAGCCUGGGCCGGGUGGGUUCAUAUUUACAGAUAUGCCCAGCCAGUCCUGGUCGGCCACACCGGUGUCCCAAAGAGGAGAGCGCAGCAGAGCCAGGGGUCUGUUCUGUAGCAGCCACCCCCCUGCCCCCACUCCAGGGCAGCCGUGAUGUGCUUGGGCCCACCAGGGCCUUCCGGGCUGCUCUCUUCCCUGAGCCCAGAACCAGCGACGCACACGUGUCUUUUGUUGGUGUGUUUGUUUUUUUUUUUUUUUCCAGGGAGGUCUAAUUCAGAAGCAGUAUUCCAGGUUUUCUCUUUGUUUUAUCAGUGCCAAGAUGACCUGUUGUGUCAUAUAAUUUAAGCAGAGCUUAGCAUUUAUUUUAUUCUUUAGAAAACUUAAGUAUUUACUUUUUUAAAGCUAUUUUUCAAGGAACCUUUUUUUGCAGUAUUAUUGAAUUUGUUUUCUAAAUCAGGAUUGAAACAGGAACUUUUCCAGGUGGUGUUAAUAAGCCAUUCAAGUGCCUUACACAGCUUUGAAGAAACUAGGACUGCAGUGGGCUUGGAUAGGCCCAUUGAGGUUUUUAGAAAAGCAGGAUUUGUUUUGUUAGGGAGGCAUGAUUUUGGUGAGAUCUUUCUGGAAGAGUUUUCCGCCUCUUUGUGAUGCUGAGCACCCCCAAGGUUCCCCCCUCCCCCCGCUGCCCAGGUGACUGGCAGGAGCUGCGACUGCCAUGUAGUGGUGCCUGGGCCUGACAGCGGGGCUCUGGGCAUCCCGGGUGACCUUGGCCCAUCUGCCCGCAUUCCCACCCCCUUGGGCCUGGCUGGAUCCCAGGCAGAGGGACCUUGCUGCUGUGUGAUUGGAACAUUCCCCAAUAUCUUGUGAAUUUGUCAUCAAAUUGGUCUCACUGGGAAAGAUGCUUAAUUAAGAGGCUUAGGCAAGCACAGAGGUAGCCUGUGGGUCUGUGUCUCAGUCUGGAGGCAGCGGGGAUGCUGCUGGGAGUCCAUGGCACAGGCCACAGCCCCUCACCUUGCUGCGGUGGCUGGCAGCACGCCUGCCUUGCUCUGCCCCAUGCCCUGAACAGGCAUGAGAGCUCCACAUCCCCUAGUGUACCCUGAGAGGGGGCUCACAAGCGACUGAUUCUGGGUGCCUCAGGAUGCUCACUGAGGGCGUGCAAAGUUGAAAGUGGCAAGGCUGGGGGAGGGUGUCGGGUAGAGGGAAGAGGGCAGGGGGCUAGGGGAGGACUCAGAUGCCGUCUGCAGGGCCAAGCCGCAGGAAGGGCUGAGCUGGAGGUGGGCAGGGCUGCUCCAGGCAGGUCAGAGCAGGGCAGGGGGAGGAGAGGAGAAAGGGAGGAAGCUGGGCUGUGUGGUCCCCAUGAAGGCAUUCAGAGUCCACCUGCAGACAGCGGGACCCCUGGGAAGGUCUGCACAGCUGUGCCCCAAGCACCUUGGCCUCCUCUCAGCUCGCCAAGGAGGCACGCUAGAGCCGCCUUCCCAGUGGGAGCCCUCUGUCCCACAGGGAGCGGGGAGCCAGCUUUGCUGGGGCCUUACCUGCACGCUCAGCCUUACCCCUCAUUCUCACAGCACAGAUGAGGUUGAGACCAUGCAGUCUAUGCAUUGCUUAAGGUCUCUUAUUUACAAAAAAAAAAAACCUUAAACAUAAUCACUGUCAUUCAGACAUUCAGAAAAUGGUUGGCCACCAACAAUGACCAAGUAUUGCUUGGCUUAACUUGAAGGCCUGCUGUCUCCUUCUGGGGGUCAACAACCAGAGCCCCGGUGCCCUCUCAGCAUAGGCCCGGUGAGACACAGGGACGCAGCUCCACCCUCACCACUAGCCCACCCUGCCGGUGGGCAUAACCUUGACGAAGGGAGAGAAUGAUUGGCAUCUGCUUUUCUCUUUUCUUUGCUAAUAACUCUGUUCCUGGCUGCUGAAAGUGGAGUUUCACCCUGUGGAGGUUUGGCUCAUAUCACCUGGUGGUCUGAUUCAUACCCUAGCCUGAGGCUCCACCGGAAGAUCUCGAAGCUUCAGUGUAUGGGAAACCCUUUCCCCAGGCUUGUCCCAGCACUGCCGCCCCCCACCCCUGAGCCAGGACCCCAGAGGAUGGCCAUGCCCCAUGCCUGGCAGAGCUCUGGUGCCAGCACUGGGAGCUGCUCUGCCCUUGCCUUGGGGCCGAGGGAGCCCUCAUCCACCCCUGCACAGCAGCUGGGCACAGAGGAGCACUCUUCCAUCUUGACCAGGACUGCACCGAGAAGCACCAGGUGUCUUCAGCCUCCAGCCUCCGGGGCGACCUUCUCUUCCAGCCACAGUCCCAUGAGGGCCCCUAGCCAGGGACACUGGUCUGUAAAUUGUAAUCCUUUCUCCAGCCCAGCUCUCCACUUGUUCCUUGUGUGAGCUGAGCAGGCAGUGCACCUCUGAGUGUCCCUUUUCUAAGGCCCCAGGGUUGCACUGAGUCUGCAGAGGCCGCGACCUCCUGGAACACUGUGGGUGCAGGUGAGCCAGCAUGUCCUGGGGAGAUGCUGCCAGCACACAGGGGCCCUCCCGCCACCAGCAGGGUGGGGUGGUUAAGUCUUAUUAGUGUCUAUUCUUAAAAUUAAGUGGGCUGGAGAAGAAUGGAGCUCCAGAUGCCAGCACCGUAUAUGGAAUACAAAAGCUGGGGAAGCAGGGCCUGCCUUACAGGUGUGGCUGACUCAGCCCAGGCCUGCCGGGGUGGAGGGUGGUCCCUCAGAAUCCCAGAGGCAGCCCCAGCCUCAGAACCCAGGAUAGGAAAUGGGUGUGUUUAGUGGGGAAAGGGACAGGGUGCAGAUGGCAGGGCCAGCAUGCAGCCCCCUCCCUCUCCCCUCCUCUCCCGUGGUGAGCCCAGUGUGGGCACUGGGCCACCUCAGCCGUGUUCCCAGGGCUGGGAGGACAGCUCCGGCCCUUCUUAGGCCUAGCCUCGUCCCAAGCUAAGUGUAAGCCAGUUGGGCUGUGUUAAAGGAAGCAGUGUUUUUGGUUCGAUUCUGCCUCUGUAGCUCAAAGGGGGCAGCCCCCAGAGUCCUGUGCAUUCUGCCAAGGCCCCAUAGCUUUGCCAAAUGCACGGAGCUCUGCCAUUCCAGUGCGGUGCAGGCCUUGCCAAGGGUUUAUUUGCGUUCAUCUCGGUGGGCUUCUCCUGCCUGGGAGUUGUGUUCCUGUGCAAGGGGGAGCCUUGCUCCAGGACAGGAUGACUGUCUUCCCUGUUCUUAGGGACAAGUCCCAAGAUGCCAGAAAGGCAGUCUCCCAAGGACCCACCGUGCAGAAGUGUCAAUAAACCAUGAGUUCUGAA